UUCGCCUGACGCGUGUCGUGGUGCUUCGCCGCACUUCACGUGCCAGACACAUUCCCGCGGCAAGGCCGGAGUCCCCAGUAGAAGCCUCCGUGCCUACACGCCGAAGCUCCGAUUCGUGGGGUGAGUAUAUCAUUGCGUUUAUGUUAUUGUGACAGGCUGGCUGCUAUGUAAGCGUUCGCGUUUUCUGGGCUUUUCACGGGGAUUCGGCGCUCGGGCAUAGAACUAGCGGGAUCCGUCAUUCGGCGCGCGUAUGUCUGGUACAUGUAGUGCGGUGAAGCACUGUGGUAGGCGAUAGGCAAAAAACUCGCGACAGGGGACGUGAAAACUCGCAGUUUCGAAUAUAAAUAUAAUACGUCUGUGAAUUGAAGUAAUCGACUAUAUUUGGCUGUAAUCGAAUAUUCUGCUUGUGUUCGAAUAUAAGCACGGGGCCAAGCAAAAUGGAAUGCUUUGAGCGCCCGGUGCAAGCCAACCAGAAAAUGUGAUGACUUUUCCCUUCUUGCUCAUUUGCAACCUGUCCAAUUCAAUGAAGUAGCGUUCCGUGCGUGCAGUUCAGAAAAUCUAUUUUUAUUCUUUUUUUUUUACCACGUUUAACUUCAGUGUCCCCCCUCCUACUUAUAUCAGCAGAAAAAUAUUCGUUAUUUAUGGGACAUUCGAAGCCCUAUUUUUCUAAUUUCGAUUCGAAAAUUUCACUUUUCGAACACCUCUUGUAAUCAGGCACAUCGAGUCUGGACGCUAAGCACACAACUGCUAUUGAGUGAUUGUAUUAGCCGGUGAGAGCAAACUCAAUCCGAAACGUCACCGUGCUUUUGGCUAACAAACCCACGUUGCAGAUUUGUUCUCAUUCUCGACGACAGGUGCCGCCGUGAAAUGCUUCGGCGCAUGUGCGGUAGAUGGCGCCAGAGCCGGCGGUGCUGGGUUCUUUUUUUUUUUUCAGUUUUGGCAGUUGCGAAUCGUGCAGCCGACCCUGGCCAUCCAGUGCUGCCGUCAGGCGACUCAGGCAGAGUUACGUCGGUGCUGUGUGUAUGACGUGCGUUCGUGAACUAACUCGCGGUACGUCGAAAUGCUACCUUGACCGAUCAGUGUAGAUUGUCAGCGUGUAUACGAGGCCGCUUCUGGACUAUAUUCGAGCUCUUCCUCGUGUGCAAGUUUUGAAAGGUCUCGGCGCUCGAAAACUCGACACACGGGCCUGGUAGUUUGAUUCGGAGACAACGCUCCCCAAUGACGCACAUGGGGGCGCCAGUCUUCUUGCUUGUGGCAUUUUUGCCGUUCGUCGCGUGUCAAAGUGGCGGCGUGUAUACGAUCGUGGCGCCGCAAACUCUGCGGCCGAACCUCAAGUACCAUGUGAGUGCUUCGCUGAGCCAGAGCCGGUUGCCUGUUGACAUGCUGGUCACCGUGUCGGGUCGCGCAGACAACGGCAACUUCAACGUUAUCAACAAGAGAGCCACGCUUCAGGACCGUGAGACUCAAGUCUUGAGUUUCGAGAUUGGCGACUGGGGACCUGGAAAGUACAAGAUCACAGCAGAAGGCUCGGGCGGUCUGAACUUCCGAAAUGAAACUGACCUCACUUAUGAACACAAGAGUUACUCUGUUUUCAUGCAGACAGACAAAGCCAUCUACAAACCAGGGCAGAAAGUUUUGUUCCGUGUAAUUGUGGUGGAUCCGUAUCUGUUGCCCACCGUUACUGGUGCCAUGGAUGUAUACAUUGCUGAUGCCAAAGGCAACAGGAUUCAUCAGUGGGAUCGGGUGUUUACUCAGAGAGGAAUUUAUUCAUCUGAGCUUCAACUUUCUGAUCAACCUGUUCUUGGAGACUGGACUAUUAAUGUGGAUGUACUGGGUCAGAAAUUCAAGAAGAGUUUUACAGUUGCUGAAUAUGUGCUGCCCACAUUUGAGGUUAAGGUGGGCCUUCCUCCAUACGCCACUUACAAUAAGUCUGAAGUUGUUGCAACAGUUUCAGCUACGUAUACAUAUGGCAAGCCAGUGAAAGGCACUGUUACGUUGACAGUCACCCCUCGCACCCGAUACCACCAGCUGCAUCCAAGGCCUUACGAGCAGUACCAGACAAAAACAUCAAUUGAUGGCAGCGUAGACAUACCUGUAGUAAUUGUACGAGACCUCUCCCUCAAGACUGACUUCUUUCUGCGGGAGAUUGAGUUCUUUGCUUUGGUGACAGAAGAGCUGACUGGCCGCAAGUACAAUGCAACCAGCUACAUCAUUGUAUACGACAAGGAGAUAAAAGUUGAGCUUGUGAAAACUUCAGAAACCUUCAAGCCAGGCCUCAAGUACACCUGCUUUCUCAAGGUAGCCUACCAGGAUGACAGCCCUGUGAAUGAUGCAGUGAACCAGCUGACACUGCACUAUGGCUUCAAUUUUAAUGAAGAGCUCUGGCAGAGCAGCCAGCAUUGGGUGCCACAAAAUGGUGUCAUACGGUUGGAGUUCUUCCCACCCAAUGAGAACAGCACUGUAAUUCUGGGUCUUCGGGCAGAGUUCAGGGGUCAGACAUAUUACCUGGAUGGCAUCUACCCAGCCAAGUCUCCUAGUCGCAGCUUCCUCCAGGCUGUCAUGAUCACUGAGGAGCCUAAAGUAGGUGACAUUGUCGAGUUCGAGGUCAACGCUACUGACACUCUUGACCAUAUCGUCUAUGAGGUAAUGGGCCGAGGAGACAUAGUGUAUGCACAAACUCUUCCUGUGUCUGGUGUGCGUAGCUACCGAUUCAGCUUUUCUGCCACAUUCCGCAUGGCUCCAAAGGCACGAGUACUUGUCUACUACGUCAGGAAGGACGGUGAAGUUGUGGCUGAUGCUGUCAAUUAUGAUGUUGGAGGAAUUCUGCGGACACCUGUGCAUGUGCAGACAAGCAUAGCUGAAACAAAGCCUGGCGGGCAGUUGAAUGUCUUGGUGUCAACAAAACCUAAUGCAUACAUUGGUAUUCUUGGUGUUGACCAGAGUGUGUUGCUCCUUAAGAAGGGCAAUGACUUGAGCCAGGAACAGGUUAUAGAAGAACUGGAAUCAUUUGAUAGUGGGAAGAAGGCAAAGUACUGGCCCCCAUGGUACAGAAGGCGCAGGCGUUCUCUCUGGUGGCCAGGAUCAACAACUACACAUGACCUCUUUAAGGAUGCAGGCAUGGCUGUGCUUACAAAUGGCCUUGUGUACGAGUUUGACGAUGCCAUCUAUGCGAGGAAGCAAGUGAUUCGUCUAGACACUGAUGUCUUGACCAAUCCCGUCCUUCCACCGGCUGGGCUCCCUGAAGCACCACCUCAGGUGCCUGGUCGCAUUAGGCUACGUCAGCAGUACCCUGAAACUUGGCUUUGGACCAAUGCCACUGCCAGUCCUGAUGGUAGGGCUGUCAUUUCAAGUACUGUUCCUGACACCAUUACAUCUUGGGUAAUCAGCGCAUUUGCGCUAGAUUCUCUCACUGGCCUUGGUAUUGCACCCUCUCAAGCAAAAGUGACUGUCUUCCGGACAUUUUUUGUCACUGCCAGUUUGCCAUACUCGGUACUUCGUGGAGAGUCUGUGGCAAUCCAGUGUGUAGUUUUCAAUUACAACAACAAGCCGGUUGAGGCGGAAGUGACAUUAGAGAAUCGACGUGGAGAGUUCAUCUUCAGUUCAUUGUCAAAUGAUGUCACAGGGGAAGAAGGAAAGGACAGACGUUCCAAGAAAGUUACAGUACCAGCUCGGGAUGGUGUACCUGUGUCUUUUCUGAUCACACCUCUUAAGCUGGGCUACAUUGACAUUCGAGUGUCGGCUACUUCAAGUCUGGCUGGUGAUGCCAUACUGAAGAAACUCCUUGUGAAGCCUGAAGGCUCAAAACAGCACUUCAACAAGGCCAUUCUAAUUGACAGAAGGAAUCCUUCAGCUCCUCCCACUGUGUCCAACAUCACUAUUCCUGUUCCAAAGAAUGCAGUUCCUGGAUCAGAGAGGAUCAGUAUCUCUGCAAUUGGUGACCUCCUUGGCCCAAGCGUGAACAAUUUGGACCAGCUGCUGGUGAUGCCGCAUGGCUGUGGAGAACAAAAUAUGUUGGAUUUUGUGCCAAACAUUGUUGUUCUUGACUAUCUGAGCCGAGCCAAUCGGUUGUCAGAUGCUGUUCGAGGCAAAGCAAUACGGAACCUCGAGGAUGGCUAUCAACGAGAGCUAACAUACAAGCGUGAUGACAAUUCGUUCAGUGCUUUUGGCAACACAGACAAGAGUGGCAGCACAUGGUUGACAGCAUUUGUGCUCAAGAGUUUCGCUCAGGCUUCACCAUACACAGUUAUUGACCCCAAAGUACUUGAAAAUGCCACUGCUUGGCUCGUGGCACGCCAGCAGGGCGACGGCUCAUUUAACGAACCUGGAGAGAUUAUCUACAAACCAAUGCAGAGUGGUGCUGGGAGUGGACCUGCAUUGACAGCUUAUGUCAUGAUUGCCCUCCUGGAAAACAAGGCGAAGCAGACACAUCCUGGCAUCAUCCAAGCAGCAGAGGCCUAUCUUCUGAAGGAAUUGCGAACAACCAAUGAUCCCUACGUUGUGUCCUUGGUGACUUAUGCUUUGCACCUAUCGGGGCACAGUUCACAGGACAGUGCUUUCCAAAAGCUUCUUUCUCUGUCAACGAGAGAAGAUGAUACCGUUCACUGGAAGGACCCGUCCCUGGCUGUCAAUACCACAGAUAAGCAGUCCGACUAUUUUUUCAAGCCCAGCUUCAAGGACGUUGAGAUGACUGCAUAUGCUUUGCUUACCCUAACUGAAAGGGGGGACAUAGGCAAUGCCAUUCCUGUAAUGAGGUGGCUUGUUUCCAAGCAGAAUGAAAAUGGUGGCUACAGCUCUACUCAGGAUACAGUGAUAGGAAUUCAGGCAUUGGCACGAGUAGCAGCCAGAGUUGUGUCCCAGACAAUUGCUAUAGAUGCCAGUGUGAAGUAUGGAGAUGGACGAAGCCGCAUCCUGAAGAUUAACAGCGGCAACGCCCUUGUACUGCAACGCCUCGAGCUGCCUUCUGACCUCAAGUACGUUCAGGUUGAAGCAACAGGAUUUGGAGUGGCAGUGUUGCAGGUCUCCUGGUCAUUCAACUUAGCGGUGUCUUCAGAAUCACCCGCAUUCUUCUUAAAUCCUUUGCUGGACAAGACUUCAACUGAAAACUAUCUUCAGCUCAGUGUCUGUACACACUACCAAGGAGAAGGGGAUGCUAGUAACAUGGCCGUCAUGGAAGUGGCCUUGCCUUCGGGCUACCUCUUUGACUUUGACACUCUGAGCAGUAUCCACAGGACCAAGGAGGUGCGGCGGGUUGAGAGCCAAGAUGCUGACACAAAUGUUGUCAUCUACUUCGACAGGAUUGGUAGGGAAGAGCUGUGUGUCACUGUACCAGCUCAUAGGGAGCAUAAAGUUGCCAACCAAAAGCCUGUUCCUGUCAAGGUCUAUGACUACUACAAUUUAGCUCGCAGUGCCAGAAUGUUCUACAGUCCCCACAAAGCAACGCUGUGCGAUAUCUGUGAUGGUUCUGAGUGUGGAAACGACUGCAAUGCUGUGAAGCAGACAACCUCGGUCACGAAUCAGCUGGAAAGAGAAUCUGAGCCAGAUGGAGCCAGUGGCAUUCAUGCAUCACAUCUUUCAAUAGCCGUCCUUGUCACCAUUGUGGCAUUCUUUCAGAGGUAGUGGCAUGGAAAGUAUAUUGAUGCUAGGCGAACUGCUCGGUAUAGUGCUACAUUUCAUAUUGUACUGUUUUGUGACUUGGCAUCAUCACAAAGGUGUGCGAACUGCUCGGUAUAGCGCUACAUUUCAUAUUGCACUGUUUUGUGACUUGGCAUCAUCACAAAGGCCUGCUCAGAUUUAUUUAGCUUGUUUUGGCAAUCAUGCGGUUGCAUCCGUGGUUUGAUUGUGUGCUUUUUUUGUCAAUCAGUACAUUUUGUGUAGUGUAAAACAUAUCAUUAUAUUGGUGUUCUUUGUGAUCCUGACAAUGAUCUGUUUUUAUCUGUGAAUUCUGUGUUUAUCUAUCGUGUGCAUGUUUUUGUGCUUCUGCAAGCACUGCAAUCACUGCUUUAUAAAAUGUCUGUAAAGAUUUUUAAGUGUGGAGCAUAUAGUUGCUGCAUUUCAUUUCUGUAGUUAUGUACUUCCAUAGAGAGACAACUUCAAAAAGUUAUUUGUAGAUACAUGUAGUACUUGUAUCACAAAGGCAUACGGCUCAUGUAGGUGCAUCAUGAGAAGACUAAGAUUCCCUUCCGUAUUCCCUUUGCCCCCUGCACAAAGGGUCAGGCCAGAGCAAGAAGUGGUGAGAUCCACUUCUGGCUGAGCUCUACUCCAUUUUAAUCUGAAAUUUUCUUUAACCCUCUCUGGGAAAAUCCACCAAUAAGUCGGCCCCUACUCUGCUCUGCCCUUGCCGUUGUGCAUGUUCGGGACCAGGUGGCAGUAGGCAUGGUUCUGUUAUAGCCUUGGAAUUUUUUAAAAGUAUUGAGACCUAAUUAGGUAUUGCGUUUUGGCUUGAUACAUGAAAAUUAUAACUGUAAUGUUCUAUCAAAAGUCAUUAUUUAAACAUUGAUGUGUAGGAUUUUGAAUAUUGGUUUUGAGGUGUACUUCCUUUGAAACAUCUCAAAGCAUAUUGUAAAUCUGUUCAAUAUGCCAGAUGUUUACUUAAAGGGGUUGCUUAAAAAGGGGUUUGCAUUUUACCAAGACGUUUGCUUAUAUUUGGCUGCUGCAUGCAGUGAAAUAUAAUUUGGCUGCAUGCAGCAGGUAAACCACUGCAUAAAAGAUAGCUUGCUUUCACCUGUGGUUUUCGAUGCCCUUUCCAUUAUAUCCAACCAAUAAAAUCAGACCUUCAACACAGCACAUAGAUGCCAGCCAUUGGGCAAUUGUCCAUAAUCGUGAAUUACUCCAGUGCAAAAACAUGCAUAUGCGUGCACACUCCUACAACCUUCUAGGAGAUGGUGAAGAAAAGUGUUCUGCCACUGCUGCAUUAUUUCUUUGCGGCACCUUGGUCAGUUGCCAACCUUGGGAGUUUUACAGAAGUGCAUCGCUCAAAGAAAAAGUAAGAAAGGAGCAAUAGGCAGGGUAUUGCUAUUGGUGCCGCUUCAGCUGUGAUGUAAACGUGUUGAGGGGGAAUGGGGAAAGUAAACAAUGCGCUCUUAACAUCUCUGUUGUGACUGGGUCUCUUUCAAAAAUUUCUGUGGGGAUAUAUUAAGUCAUUGCACUCACUUCAUAGUGUUCUCAGUUUUAAAGAGAAUGCGUUGCAGGGCCUGUUUAAAGGAAGUGCAUUGGAUACAAAAUAAUGUGCCUGAACUGUUCAGUUUAUCAAACAAUUCAUCUUACCAGCUUUCACUCUUAAAGGGAGUAGGUUUAUAUGUUGUAGAUGCUUUUGUGUUGUGUUCAGUGUUCAUUUUAGCAAGCUUAAUGAAAUGAUAAUCAAAACUUUAGUGCGAGACCCAUAUGAUGUGUGAUGUACUUUGUCACUUCAGAUUCUCAUUAUAAGGUGUCUUAGCUACUGGGUCGCACAUUUUCCUGCUAAGAAAACUGUUUAGUGCAGGUACCAAAUUAGCCAUGUUGGAUACUUAUUGAGAAUACAUUCCAAGGCCAGCUACUACUGUGGAGUGUCAGUGUCCAGUAUUGUGCAAAAAUGAUUAUACAACAAAGGCCAGUGGUACGCUCUUUUAAAAAUUUUGAAAUGUUGGCUGUGGAAGCAAUAUGUUAAACUGGGUAAUGCAGGGAUACUCGGAGGCAUGGAGUGCAAAAGUUUGGUGCCCCUUACCAUCAGUAUAAGACAAUACAGGAGAUCUUAGGAAUGCAAUAAAUAUGUUGGUGCAAGGUAUUUGGGGGUAUCAUUAGGCUGGCAAAUUUUGGUUCCUAUAUCAUGGUAACAGUUAUAAAGGCAUAAUGAAGCAAUGCUGCUUUUAUGGUGGAACUGAUGACAAGGUUAUUUUUAUAUUGUGAUUAAGCAUUCUAGGACAGGAAGAAAAUAUUUUGCACCAUAAAUCUUUAACACAAGAAGCUGUAUAGUUUGCAAAACGUAAAUGUCGAUGGGAGACAUGCUUCUCCAAGACAUUGGACGAAGGUAUAUUUGAUUUGUUUUCUUGCUCUCUUGACCUAACAAAGCUUGGGAGGCUCCGCCUUGUGCUUCAUUGUAAACUAUGAGAUCAAGAAACUUGCAUCUGUGCUCUGCUCAUUUACUUUGAAAAGCGGUGCUUCAUAUUUAAAUUUGCAGUGCCAUGAAAGGCAAAUGCCCCAUGUCUGCAGCACCUGAAAAGCACUUCAGCAUUAUAAAUCUUGCCCGAGUGAGAAAGCAUAAAAUUGAUCUCCUGUGCCACUAAAACCAGUAGUCAGAUGUUUAUCAGUACACCAUUUUGCAUCAGUACAGCUUGAAUGUUGGAAACUCUAGGUUUAGUUUCCAAUCAAGUUUAGCUUCAGAUGUUUCUCUUUAAUGCUGGUAUGUAGGUAGGUAUGUGCAUACAUAUAGAAUGGAAGUCUUGGAAGGUACUUUCUGAAGCAAAUGUUCAGAGAGCAUGGCCACAGCGAAAUAUUUUUGUGCCAUUGCUUCGCCACUUGGAAUUGGGACAUGUGCUGCGUUGGUUGAAAAUGCAUGUGUAUGUGACACUUGAUUUCAAGCUGCUUGUCUAGGUUGUGCAAUAAGGUUUUCUGUGAUGUCGAUGCUCUCCAAACUAUUGCUAAUUGAGUUUACAUUGUUCUCAUGCUUUGCCCUACCUACCGUGGCGACAGAAAAAUAUUGCUCUUCAGGAAUGCAGAAAUGUUCCUGGGUUGCAGACUUAAGGUCAGUCUGAAUGCCACAGUAAACAAGUAGGACAAAUUUUUUUCAGUUAUGUGGGUAUUGUACGAGGAUUGCACUUUGCAUGGGCAUACAAUCUAUUGUAGUGGUGUGCUGAUGGUAAACCAAUAAUGCAACUCUCAAAUCAUAAUUGCUCCUACCAUUGCAAUCAGAAUAGCUGAGGUUGAGUGUGUCGGAAAUUCAGUGCAAGGCUCAUGUAGGUAACGCAACCCUGGGCAUUAUUGUAGCGUUAUUGCAGCUCUUUAAACCAAUUUUAAUGGAAUCAUCAUUGGCUGUUGCACGACCGUUAUAACUCCCUGCAUCACUGUAGGUGACCUCUGCAGUGCACUUGGAUGAUUAUGAGGUGCUUGGCUCCAGCCAGCAUUCCUGUAUUUAGGGUCUUGUUAGCUUGGAUAGGGUCGGAUAACAGCUUACAUAGUGUAUUAGGAAAACAUAUUCACUGAUGGUAGUACUUCUGGCAAAUUAUCUCUGGGUGUACACUGGUGGAAAAAAAAUUCCCUCAUUGCUGUCCCUGGUUCACCCUUAGAGUGGGAUGAUUUAUAUAGUUUUAGUGGUGUUUCAUUGUCCACAGUUUUACUGGUUUCAAUGCCCUCAUUUUCUGGUAAUUUCAAGUGGCUCAAAAUAGAAGGUACCCAAAUCUUUUAACUUUUAAAAACUUUUAGAAGCUACUAUAAACCUCAUUCAUAAAAAGUACAGUACUAACAAGGGAAAGUUCUGGCUGCUAGAAUGCAAAGAAGUUGCAUUUGGAUCUGUGCAGCAUUGUUGUUAGUGUGCUAAACUACUUGUUCCUUAUUAUAAACGUGACUCCAUAUGGUCACUUUAGCUACUUUCUAUAUGUAACUGAUUUUAAAGGACUUGUGCCAGAGUUUCAAGCUACUUGUUCUGUAAAUGGAUCCUUAUGACUUGUUUUCCUUAUCUGCUGUAUGUUUCUUGAACAACUAGAUUCUUUUUUACACGAGUCGUAGCAAUGUGCUAACUGUAGUAGAAAAGUAAACGUUGGAUCUUGUUUAUUUUCUCCGUCCUAAACUACCUACAGGUUUGUUUGUGGUACUGUGUUUAUACAUAGUACAGCACAAUCUUGUUGUGUCAGCAACUGGAUGCAAUGGUUUAUCCUUUAUAUGCUGGUACAUAUUUGAAAUGUUGCAUGCAGUUGUUCGACACGUGUACAUACAUUUUUAUGUAUUGUCUUUAUAUUCUGCUGCAGGCAGUUCUAACUCAAUAUAUGGCGUCUCUUUAGUAUGACUUCUACUGGUGCUUGUACAUAACAUAUAUUUUUAUGUAGCUGUUCAGAGCCUGUUGUGCUCAUAAAUUGCUAUGUUGUAGCAUUUGCUAUAAUAAUACUGUGAUGCUGAACUCUGUGUGCUGACUUGUAUUUAGUGAUGAGUCUUUGUGCAAUGCAGAGGCUCUGCAAGGUAAUUACAUAUGUGUAAAAGCAGUUUGCAGCUAUGUGUGCCACACAGAAUGUGAUCUUUUCCUGAUCUUAUUGUUUGACUGAAGCUCCUUUUAAGCAUGAACCAAGACUGUUGGUUAGAACCAACUACAUGACUUCAAUUUUAUUGCCUUUGACUUACCUUGUUCUCUCCACCGUAUUUAUUUUCCAGUCAACUUGCCUUUGAGUCUUGCAGAUCCUGUUGUAAAGUGCACAUGCCAAUGUAUGCAUAUAUUGCAGUAAAAGCUCCCAUGCUUGAGCACUCAGGAGAUUGCCUUUUAUGUCUUUGGCUCUUUCAGAUUGCAGUGUAGUUGAUCUUUAGAAAUAAAAACUGAAACUAGCCUGAA